AUGGUGUACCCAGACUCCUCUGCUGUGUGUUGUGCCCUGGGCUAUGCGGCGGCAUGUGUGUGUGUGUGCAACAUUGUGUGUGUGCAGUGAUGUAUGUGUGCAUGAAACAGAGUCUGUGUGUGUGUGCGGCGGUGUCAGUAUGUGGGAGAUGAGAUGAGAUUUCCACCAGACUGAUCCCAUCGAGGCCACGUGAAGCAGCAGCAACAAGAGGAACGUGAGAAUAAUGAUACACUUUACUGUGUCCCACACCUCAAGUACAAGCCCACCUGUGUGUGCGUGCUUUGCGUUUGUCCAUUCAUGUGUUAAUGUGUGCGUGCAUUCCUGCGUACGUGUAUGCAUGUGUUUGUGUAUCGCAUCCGUUAUGUACUGUGUGUAGACCGUGUGCUCCUACAUAUCCAUGUCUUGUUUAUGUACAGUGAGGGGAAAAAUUAUUGGAUCCCCUGCUUAUUUUGUAUGUUUGCCCACUGACAAAGACAUGAUCAGUCUAUAAUUUUAAUGGUAGGUUUAUUUGAACAGUGAGAGACAGAAUAACAACAAAAAAAUCCAGAAAAACGCAUGUCAAAGAUGUUAUAAAUUGAUUUGACCCCUCUGCAAAACAUGACUUAGUACUUGGUGGCAAAACCCUUGUUGGCAAUCACAGAGGUCAGACGUUUCUUGUAGUUGGCCACCAGGUUUGCACACAUCUCAGGAGGGAUUUUGUUCCACUCUGCUUUGCAGAUCUUCUCCAAGUCAUUAAGGUUUCGAGGCUGACGUUUGGCAACUUGAACCUUCAGCUCCCUCCACAGAUUUUCUAUGUGAUUAAGGUCUGUAGACUGGCUAGUCCACUCCAGGACCUUAAUGUGCUUCUUCUUGAGCCACUCCUUUGUUGCCUUGGUCAUGUGCUUUGGGUCAUUGUCAUGCUGGAAUAUCCAUCCACGACCCAUUUUCAAUACCCUGGCUGAGGGAAGGAGGUUCUCACCCAAGAUUUGACGGUACAUGGCCCCGUCCAUCGUCCCUUUGAUGCUGUGAAGUUGUCCUGUCCCCUUUGCAGAAAAUCACCCCCAAAGCAUAAUGUUUCCACCUCCAUGUUUGACGGUGGGGAUGGUGUUCUUGGGGUCAUAGGCAGCAUUCCUCCUCCUCCAAACACGGCGAGUUGAGUUGAUGCCAAAGAGCUCCAUUUUGGUCUCAUCUGACCACAACACUUUCACCCAGUUCUCCUCUGAAUCAUUCAGAUGUUCAUUGGCAAACUUCAGAUGGCCCUGUAUAUGUGCUUUCUUGAGCAGGGGGACCUUGCGGGUGCUGCAGGAUUUCAGUCCUUUCCGGCGUAGUGUGUUACCAAUUGUUUUCUUGGUGACUAUCGUCCCAGCUGCCUUGAGAUCAUUGACAAGAUCCUCCCGUGUAGUAACUCCACGAGGUGAGAUCUUGCAUGGAGCCCCAGGCCGAGGGAGAUUGACAGUUAUUUUGUGUUUCUUCCAUUUGCGAAUAAAUCGCUCCAACUGUUGUCACCUUCUCACCAAGCUGCUUGGCGAUAGUCUUGUAGCCCAUUCCAGCCUUGUGUAGGUCUACAAUCUUGUCCCUGACAUCCUUGGAGAGCUCUUUGGUCUUGGCCAUGGUGGAGAGUUUGGAAUCUGAUUGAUUGAUUGCUUCUGUGGACAGUUGUCUUUUAUACAGGUAACAAACUGAGAUUAGGAGCACUCCCUUUAAGAGUGUGCUCCUAAUCCCAGCUCGUUACCUGUAUAAAAGACACCUGGGAGCCAGAAAUCUUUCUGAUUGAGAGGGGGUCAAAUACUUAUUUCCCUCAUUAAAAUGCAAAUCAAUUUAUAACAUUUUUGACAUGCGUUUUUCUGGAUUUUUAUGUUGUUAUUCUGUCUCUCACUGUUAAAAUAAACCUCCCAUUAAAAUUAUAGACUGAUCAUUUCUUUGUCAGUGGGCAAACGUACAAAAUCAGCAGGGGAUCAAAUACUUUUUUCCCUCACUGUACGUGUCAUACAUUUGGUCAGUAGUUGAUCUAUGUAAUGGGGAGGGAAUAGAGGACAGUAAUGGGCCUUAGGGGACAGAUAGGCAGAGAGGCCUGGCUGCAUGGCAGGGGAGGGCUUUUAUAUGAGGAUUGGUCAUGGAGGAUCAGCUCAUCUCCAGCUCUCACACUGAGAUGGGAUAUUACUGCCUGGGAUUCAUUAGGCUGGCCCACUCAGCCGUACCAUCACACCAAACAGCAUUAGGAACACGCACACGCACAUAAGAACAAUCUUGUACACAAACACGCACACACACACACACACAGUGAUGGAAAAAGUAAUCAAAAGUAAUCACCAUACUUGAGUAAAAGUAAAGAUACCUUAAAGACAUGCUCCGGAACUUUGGCGCCUACACUGUAAAACCACGUUUUUAGGAUCUGAACACAACUAAACACUUUUCUGUAACACAUUUUAAAUGCGUCAAGGCAUUUAGAAUUUCCAUUCAAACGCGUCACAGUGUUUAUAUUGUAAACGCCAGAACAUGUUUAUUCACUGUAAUACUUUUAAAACACAAUGACAUGUUUUUAAACACAUGAACCCUAAAGUCGAUGUCUGCGCCCCCACAUAAAUAUAAUUAGCAUAAUACACAAAUCCCCAUCAAAAUCUGUCUGUUUAAACUAGAGAUAUCUGUUUUUUUGCAUGGGCUGCGUCUCAAUCCACCACAUCCGCCAAUGGCAGCCUUCCGCAUCUGCAGUGGAAGGUGGCCGAGCUACAGUGGUCGGUGGUUGAGACAUCCCGAAAAUUGGUCUUCUCGCGAACACGUCUGUAGCGUCCGAAUAGUUUGGCCUACACACUAACAUGACCCCUCUAUGGAAAGGUGAGACUCUCACGAACAAGUAAAUGUUGGUUUCGCUCUAGGACUCUCACAAGACUCGUCUGAAGGUAGCCCGGUACCAGUUUAAAAAAAUGAAUGGAAGUAUACACUGUAUAGGGAAGUAGUUUAGUGUCCAAAAGGUUUUGUUAAAUAUGGGUAAAAAAUUAAUAAAAUAAUUUCCUGAUCUUUCUUAUAUCUCUCAGAUAUAGGACAGACAUUUUAAAACAAACUUCCUUUUGAUGAAUCUGUUUUUCCACGUAUGGAUCUGUUAUUCAAUGCAUUUCUAUGUGCUAAUAGCAGUCAAACCAAAUUCAAUGUUUCAUCAAAUAUUUUAUUUAAUAUUUUUUGGGGAUACCUAAAGGGGUCCUUAAAUUCAAAAUCAAAUAGCUAAAUUAUCCUUGUUAUGACCAUCUUAAAAUAAUUCCAUAUGUUAGCUUAGUAGAACCCUCCCAGCAUAGACCCUUAAGGAUUUUAAACCCUAAACACUGGUGGUGUUGUUUUAACACUGUAGAGUGUAAAGCCAUAUUUGCAAAUUUUCCAGCAUGCCUUUUGAGUGAAUGUGAGAGAUCCCAAUCCUGACUGUGUUUGUUAGUGACAGAGACAGGGUUGUUGCGUUCAGUAACUUCUAUUCGUGUAGUCUUCACCAAGUGACUACCUAAGUGAAUGUGUUUCAAUUAAAAGUAAAUCCUUUAUGACCAUAUAUUAUACAUUUCUCAAGGCCUUUCGUUAUGGCCUAGUUAUCCUCGACAUUGUGGUCUGAUAAUCCUGGCACAUGGGCCACAUCAGACCUGCAAGUCACAAUGCGUUGGUUUGCGAAGUGAUUAGUCAUUCCUAUCGGAAUCCAACCAGAAGGAGGAUAUCCAACAAUUUGAAUAUUUUAUCACCCACAACCUCCACUCAGAAUGACUGCUAUGGUGAAAGAUUUAACAAACAACACUACCUAAACCAUCUAAACUUGAACAACCAUCUCAGUAACAGGUGCAAUAAAUCCAACUAGAUUAGUUUAGAAAAUGUAAGUUAUUUAUCUUUGCAUAGUAUAUGAUAAAUUAAUCAAUCAAUGUGCAUGAGGACACAGAUAUUAAAACUAUGAGUAGACACAUGAAAAGUGGGCUGUAUACGGAGGGUAAAGGGCAACAGAAGACAAACAGCAGAGGGGCUAAUGAUCUUGGAGAUGGGGAAAGGGCCGAUGAACCAGGGGGAAAGUUAACAACACUCCACCCUGAGGGGCAGAUCAUGGGGGACAGCCAUACCUUCUGCCCGAGAUGAUACCGGGGAGCCGGGGUCCGGUGGCGGUCCGCUUGUCGUCGAUACUUGGAGGUGGUCUUGAGAAGAGCCGGCCGGGCUCUCCUCCAGGUUUGACGACAGCGGCGGAUAAACAUCUGGGCCGAGGGAUGGCCAACCUCUUCCUCUUGCUCCGGGAAGAGCGGGGACUGAUAACCCAGGGAACACUCAAAGGGCGAAAGACCCGUGGCAGAGCAGGGAAGGGUGUUGUGGGCGUAUUCGACCCACACUAGUUGAUGGCUCCAGGUGGAGGGGUUGGUGGAGACCAGGCAGCGCAGAGUAAUCUGCUGCAUGCUGUCGUCAGAGUUCUUCUGGGUCUGGAGGCGGCAGACAGGGCACUCUCGCGUCACCCCUGGUAGUGCAAACCUACACUCAUUCAGAGCCCUUUGCUGCGCACAUCACCAUACACGUCACCUUCCCUGAUUACAUGGUAGUUCCCAGUGUAAGGCACUGGUCGAUUCAGGCGCAGCUGGGAACUUCAUGGACAGGUGUUUAGCUAAUAGUCUAUUGAUCACAUUGGUUCCCCUACCCAUUCCAUUGCCCAUCAAAGCACUUGACAGUCGACCAUUAGGGUCAGGUUAUGUUAGGGAGGUUACAGCACCAGUCACGAUGAUUAUGCAGGAGACCCAUUUGGAGCAAAUCACCUUUUUUAUUAUUGUGUCCCCUGAUUUCCCUGUUGUGUUGGGUCUUCCCUGGCUCGCACUACACAACUCCACCUUUUCAUGGCCACAGAGGGUUCUCACGGGGAGGUCGCGAGAGUGUCAGGGUAAGUGUCUAGCUGUUUCCGUUGGUGCAACCACGGUGGAAAGUCCAGACACUACCUCCACCGUGCGCAUUCCCCCCGAAUACCUCGACUUGGCGCACGCGUUUUCCAAAAUGCAGGCGACCGAAUUACCACCCCAUCGGGCGGGGAAUUGUGCAAUAAACCUCUGGUUAGAUGCUGUGCCUAUCAGGAGUCAUGUCUAUCCCCUGUCGCAGGCUGAAAUGGAGGCUAUGGAGACAUACGUCUCCGAGUCCCUGCGCCAGGGGUUCAUACGCUCUCCAGUUCGCCCGCCUCCUCGAGUUUCUUUUCGCUUAGGCAAGGUCGCAGCUCCCAUCACCUCUCUGUUGAAGGGUGGGCCGUCUCGGCUCCGCUGGUCUGCUGAGGCUGACAGGGCUUUCAGUAACCUGAGGGCUCUGUUCACCUCAGCCCUGGUACUGGCCCAUCUCGAUUCAUCAUUACCAUUCGUAGUGGAGGUUGAUGCGUCCGAGGUAGGGAUAGGUGCUGUCCUAUCCCAAUGCUCGGGCACGCCACCCAAGCUCUGUCCCUUCUUCUCUAAGAAGCUCAGUCCGGCAGAGCAGAACUACGACGUUGGUGAUCGGGAGCUGUUGGCUGUUGUCAGAGCCCUGACCGUGUGGAGCCACUGGCUCGAGGGGGCGAAACAACCUUUCCUCGUCUGGACUGACCACCUUAACCUGGAGUACAUCUGGGAAGCGACGAGGCUGAACCCUCGCCAGGCCAGGUGGGCCUUGUUCUUCACCCGGUUUGAUUUCACGUUGUCAUACAUACCAGGUACUAAGAACGUGAAGGCAGACGUGCUGUCAUGGCUGUACAACACAGAGGAGAGGCACAUAGACAACACCCCCAUACUCCCGGCCUCCUGCAUUGUGGUGCCGGUAGUGUGGGCGGUGGACGCGGACAUAGAGCGGGCGUUACGCACAGAGCCAUCUCCAUCUCAGUGCCCAGCUGGGCUGCGGUACGUGCCGUCUCUUGUCCGUGACCGUCUUAUCUAUUGGGCACACACGUCUCCCUCCUCUGGUCACCCAGGUAUCGGCCGUACAGCGCGCUGCCUGAUCGGGAAGUACUGGUGGCCUACCUUGGCUAAGGACGUGAGGGUGUAUGUCUCCUCCAGCUCGGUGUGCACCCAGAGUAAGGCACCUAGGCACUUCCCAGCGGGUAAGUUACAUACCUUACCAGUUCCACAACGGCCAUGGUCCCACUUGUCAAUUGACUCCUCACUGAUCUUCCCGUCUCUCAGGGUAACACCACCAUCCUGGUCGCUUUUCUAAAGCCUGCUGCCUCCUUCCUCUGCCAGGUUUCCCCACGGCCCUGCAAACUGCGGAAACCUGUUUACUAACAUAUUCCGGCACUACGGGGUGCCAGAAGACAUAGUGUCUGACCGGGGUCCCCAGUUUACAUCCAGGGUCUGGAAGGCGUUCAUGGAACGUCUGGGGGUCUCGGUCACCCGGUUCAUUCCUGCGUACCGCUGUCUUACUGAAUAAACCAUUUAUUCUGUGAUUUACCAUCCUGCGCCUGACUCCGUCCAAAUCACCCGCCACAGACCAGGGAUGGUGAGGAACCAGCCGGAGCUUGCCGAGGAGUCUUGUUCUGCACACAGAUCGUGCAGAUGGCGAUGAACGCAGAGACGUCAGGAACCAUGGUAGGCCACCAAAAGCGUUGUCGCUCCAAGGCCAGGGUCUGACGGGAGCCCGGGUGUCAGGCAAGCCUGGAGGAGUGGGCCCACUCCAGGACCAAGGAGCGUACAGCAUCAGGAACAAACAUCCAGUUAUCUGGGACCCCCCUGGGGUUCGGCUGGGAACGCUGCGACUCCUGGACCUGCUUCCCUAUUCCCCAACUGAGUGCCAAGCCAAGCACGAGAUGGGAAGGAUGGUCUCGGAUUCCGGGAUAGCGGCGUGACAGUGCAUCUGGCUUGACAUUCUUGGAUCCCGGUCGGUAUGAGAGGGAGAAGUUGAACCGGGUGAAAAGCAGGGCCCACUUAGCUUGCCUGGUUUUGAGACGCUUGGUGUGCUGAGAUAUUCCAAGUUCUUGUGGUCUGUCCACACAAUGAACGGAUGUUCCGCCCGCUCCAGCCAGUGCCUCCACUCCUCCAACGCCAUCUUCACCGCGAGAAGCUCACGAUUCCCCACAUCGUAAUUCCUCUCCGUGGUGUUGAGGUGAUGGGAGAAGGCACAGGGAUGUAACUUGAGGUCCUGGGCCGAACGCUGGGACAGGACCGCCCCCACUCCGACAUCCGAAGCAUCGGCCUCCACCACGAACUGGCCAAGAUUGGCGCAGUGGUGAAACGAUGUUUGAGGUCCCGGAACACCCAGUCAGCAGCUGGGGACCAUGUGAACGGAACCUUGGGAGAGGUGAGUGCAGACAGGAGGGAAGCCAGGGUGCUGUAACCCCGGAUAAAGCGGCAAUAAAAGUUGGAGAAUCCCAGGAAACGUUGCAGCUGCACUCUGGACCUAGGCUGGGGCCUAUCCACCACUGCUCUCUCCUUCCCGGGAUCCAUCUGUACACUCCCUGCAGCGAUGCUGUAGCCCAGGAACGGGAUGGUGGACCUAUCGGACGUGGAGCACGUGUUCUUGGGCGGAGCGAGAGAAGACGAGGAUGUCGUCGAGGUAGAUGAAGAUGAACCUGUUCAACAUGUCGCGGAGAACAUCAUUAACCAUGGCCUGGAACACAGCUGGAGCAUUGGUAAGGCCAAAUGGCAUGACCAGAUACCAGUAGUGACUGCUGGUCGUGUUGAAGGCAGUCUUCCACUCGUCCCCCUCCUGUAUCUGCACCUGGUGGUAGGCGUUCCGUAGGUCCAGCUUGGAGAACACGUUGGCCCACUGGAGCGGCUCGAAGGCCGAGGAGAUGAGUGGUAGCGGGUAGCGGUUCUUCACCGUGAUGUCGUUGAGGCCCCAGUAGUUGAUGCACGGACGCAGGGUUUUAUCCUUCUUCUCCACAAAGAAGAACCCUGUUCCGGCGGGGGAGGCAGAAGGAUGGAUAGUCAAGUUUCCAUAGCCUUGGUCUCCCGGCCCGACAGCGAGUACAGUCGUCCCCAGGGCGGAGUGGUGCCUGGGAGAAGGUUGAUUCCGCAGUCAUAGGGUCAGUGCGGCGGAAGCAAAGUGGCCCGGGCCUUACUGAACACCUCCUGGAGGUCCUGGUACUCCGUGGGAAUGGCAGAGAGGUCCAAGUCCAGGGGCAGGCUGCGCUGACUUCAGGUAAUGAGCAUGGCAGAACGGGCUCCAGCCCACGAUGGCACCAGUAGACGAGUCAAUAAAGGGGUUGUGUCGCUGGCGCCAAGAGAAACCCAAUACCACGGGAACCUGAGGAGACUUAAUUAGCAGGAAUUUGAUAUUUUCGCUGUGGUUCCCUGACACUCGUAGGUUGAUGGGGGUGGUAUUGUGGGUGACCCUUCCUAUAGAGCACCCAUCCAGCGCUCUAAUGUCCAUGGGAAUGGAGAGGAGCUGAGUGGGGAUGCCCAGCUCGGACGCCAGGGUAGCGUCCAUAAAGCUCUCAUUGGCCCCAGAGUUGAUGAGUACCCGGAGAGAUUUCGACUGGUUCCCCUACAACAAGAUGGCAUGAAAGGGGGUGCGAGUAAGGGGAGAGGAAAAGUUAUCCGUAUGGCCCACCAGAGUACUCGCUUCUACAGGUCAGCCUGGCCUUUUAGUGGACAGGUGGACACAAAAUGACCAGUAGUCCUGCAAUAGAAUACAACAUCGAAGAUAUACAACAAGGAUUAUACACACCUUGAGUCAGGGCGUGACAAUUUUAAACAAACAAGACAGAACAAUUUCUUUUUUUUUUUCUUUUUUUUUUGGAGGUCAGGAAAAAUGUAUGGGAGUGUAAAGUAAAUAUUUUCUUUAGGAAUGUAGUGGAAUAAAAUACAAAAGUUGGCAAAAAAACAAAUAGUAAAGUAAAGUACAGACACCCCAAAAACGACUUAAGUAGUACUUUAAAAUAUUUGUACUUAAGUACACCACUGCACACACACACACACACACACACACACACACACACACACACACACACACACACACACACACACACACACUGUAAGUGACAAACUCAACCCUGUUAUGUCACUUACAGUAUUUACUGCAAAUCAGCCCUAUAAUCUGUUUGACCAAAGUCUAUUACCUAACGCAACAUGUGUCCCUUCUCUUCUCCUUCCAGAGGACAUCUUUAUCCUCCAUGACGGGAAGGACAAGAAGAACCCUCUGAUCUACGGACUCUUCACCACAUCCAGGUGAGCCAGCCUCCGGCACAUAGUUCACCACAACCCCACUGCCAUUGGAACUUCAGUCAUUUGUUUCCCAUGGCUGAUGUUGUAUUGUCUUAUGUAGCUGUUAUAAAGCAUUUAUGAAUGCAUACAUGAGGGGUGCCGUAAAGUGUUACCAGAUACAGUGCCUUCGGAAAGUAUUCAGACCCAUUGACUUUCUCCACAUUUUGUUACGUUACAGCCUUAUUCUAAAAUUGAUUACAUAGUUUUUUCCCCCUAAUCAAUCUACACACAAUACCCCAUAAUGACAAAGCAAAAACAGGUUUUCAGAAAUGUUUGCACAUUUAUUAAAAAGAAAAAACUGAAAAUAAUACAUUUACAUAAGUAUUCAAACCCUUUACUCAGUACUUGUUGAAGCACCUUUGGCAGCGAUUACAGCCUCGGGUCUUCUUGGGUAGGGUGCUACAAGCUUGGCACACCUGUAUUUGUGGAAUUUCUCCCAUUGUGCUCUGCAGAUCCUCUCAAGCUCUGUCAGGUUGGAUGGGGAACGUCGCUGCACAGCUAUUUUCAGGUCUCUCCAGAGAUGUUAGAUCAGGUUCAAGUCCGGGCUCUGGCUGGACAUUCAGAGCCUUGUCCGAAGCCACUCCUGUGUUGUCUUGGCUGUGUGCUUAGGGUCAUUCUCCUGUUGGAAGGUGAACCUUCGCCCCAGUCUGAGGUCCUGAGUGCUCUGGAGCAGGUUUUCAUCAAGGAUCUCUCUGUACUUUGCUCCGUUCAUCUUUCCAUCAAUCCUGACUAGUCUCCCAGUCCCUGCAACUGAAAAACAUCCCCACAGCAUGAUGCUGCCACCACCAUGCUUCAUCAUAGGGAUGGAGCCAGGUUUCCUCCAGACGUGACGCUUGGCAUUCAGGCCAAAGAGUUCAAUCUUUGUUUCAUCAGACCAGAGAAUCUUGUUUCUCAUGGUCUGAGAGUCCUUUAAGUGCCUUUUGGCAAAUUCCAAGUGGGCUGUCAUGUGCCUUUUACUGAGAAGUGGCGUCCGUCUGGCCACUCUACCAUAAAGGUCUGAUUGGUGGAGUGCUGCAGAGAUGGUUGCCCUUCUGGAAGGUUCUCCCAUCUCCACAGAGGAACUCUGGAGCUCUGUCAGAGUGACCACCGGGUUCUUGGUCACCUCCCUGACCAAAGCCCUUCUCCCCCGAUUGCUCAGUUUGGCCGGGUGGCCAGUUCUAGGAAGAGUCUUAGAGGUUCAACACUUCUUCCAUUUAAACAUUAUGGAGGCCACUGUGUUCUUGGGGACCUUCAAUGCUGCAGAAAUGUUUUGGUACCCUUCCCCAGUUCUGUGCCUUGAAAUAAUCCUGUCUCAGAGCUCUACAGACAAUUCCUUUGACCUCAUUGCUUGGUUUUUGCUCUGACAUGCACUGUCAACUGUGGGACCUUAUAUAGACAGGUGUCUGCCUUUCCAAAUCAUGUCCAAUCAAUUGAAUUUACCACAGGUGGACUCCAAUGAAGUUGUAGAAACAUCUAAAGAAUGAUUAAUGGAAACAGGAUGCACAUGAGCUCAAUUUCAAGUCUCAUUGCAAAGGGUCUGAAUACUUAUGUAAAGAAGGUAUUUCUAUUUUUUAUUUUUAAUACAUUUGCAAUCAUUUCUGUUUUCGCUUUGUCAUUAUGGGGUAUUGUGUGUAGAUUGAUGAGGGAAAAAAAUAAUUUAAUCAAUUUUAGAAUAAGGCUGCAACGUAACAAAAUGUGGAAAAAGUGAAGGGGUCUGAAUACUUUCUGAAUGCACUGUAUAUACCCGUGUUGCAGUUGUACUAAACUCCUAAGGCGUAAACGUUCUUAAAGAGUCAAUGUGCAUCAUUCAUUAAAAUGACAAUUGAACAGAUAAAGAGGUAUGCUUUGAUAUCCUAUGCAGAAAAAUAUACAUAUUUAUUUACAUAGAAUUAGACAUAAUGAUUAUAGCUCUAAAUUGCAGGAAAAAGCUGUUUCAGGUUUUUGAAAAAUGCUUCAUUCUCAUUCUUCCAGAGAAUUGGGAACAGCCCCCCUCUGGGCCACCCACCUCCAUCCAUACGUACUUCGUGCCCAUCUAAAAUAAUGGGUGCAUUUUGUGUGUGUGUACUCCGUAUAUGUGUACGUAUGAGGCGAUGGUGGAGAGAUGGGAGAGGUUAGGGUGAGUUAUGUCUCUGAUGGGAUCAUACUUUCCACAGUGACGCCAAGCCUCAGCAGCAGAAAUGUAUGGUAAUUCAAUAAACUUCAAACCAGUUCAUGAGAAAGGUUUUCUCUAUAUGAAUUUAUGGUUCAUCUAUGAUCCUCAAUAUGUUUCACAUUAGAAAGUUCAAAGUGAUUGUGUCUUUCUGUAUUGUUUAUUUGUUUGUUGUCCCCCACCAUGAAAUCGGGGAGGGGACUGUGGAUCUGUCUCCUUCUGUUAGUAUGUUAGUGUGUUAGUGUGUUUAUACUUUAGUCACACGCGAUAUCUAAGACAGCACUUGCCCGAUUUUGAUGAAACUUGGGUGAAUGAUGCAUCAUGCCAUAGAGAUCCAGCAUUUACAAAAUUACAUUGAUUGACCAGAUGGUGACGUUAUAACAAUUGAUGGAAAAUGCUAACUUUGAAAGGUCAUGCCCCUCACCCCGUUUUACCUAAAGUCUUGAAAUUCGGUACAUACAGUUGAAGUCAGAAGUUUACAUACACUUAGGUUGGAGUCAUUCAAACUCGUUUUCAACCACUCCACAAAUGUCUUGUUAACAAACUAAAGUUCUACUACAUCUACUUUGUGCAUGACACAAGUAAUUCUUCCAACAAUUGUUUACAGACAGAUUAUUUCACUCAUAAUUCACUGUAUCACAAUUCCAGUGGGACAGAAGUUUACAUACACUAAGUUGACUGUGCCUUUAAACAGCUUGGAAAAUUCCAGAAAAUGAUGUCAUGGCUUUAGAAGCUUCUGAUAGGCUAAUUGACAUCAUUUUAGUCAAUUGGAGGUGUACCUGUGGAUGUAUUUCAAGGCCUACCUUCAAAAUCAGUGCAUUGCUUGACAUCAUGGGAAAAUCGAAAGAAAGACCCCAGAAAAGAAAUUGUAGACCUCCACAAGUCUGGUUCAUCCUUGGGAGAAAUUUCCAAACGCCUGAAGGUACCACGUUCAUCUGUACAAACAAUAGUACGCAAGUAUAAACACCAUGGGACCACGCAGCCGUCAUACCGCUCAGGAAGGAGACGCGUUCUGUCUCCUAGAGAUGAACGUACUUUGGUGCGAAAAGUGCAAAUCAAUCCCAGAACAACAGCAAAGGACCUUGUGAAAAUGCUGGAGGAAACAGGUACAAAAGUAUCUAUAUCCACAGUAAAACAAGUCUUAUAUCGACAUAACCUGAAAGGCCACUCAGCAAGGCAGAAGCCACUGCUCCAAAACCGCCAUAAAAAAGCCAACCUAUGGUUUGCAACUGCACAUGGGGACAAAGAUCAUACUUUUUGGAGAAAUGUCCUCUGGUCUGAUGAAACAAAAAUAGAACUGUUUGGCCAUAAUGACCAUCGUUAUGUUUGGAGGAAAAAGGGGGUAGAACACCAUCCCAACCGUGAAGCAUGGGUUGGCAGCAUCAUGCUGUGGGGGUGCUUUGCUGCAAGAGGGACUGGUGCACUUCACAAAAUAGAUGGUAUCAUGAGGAAGGAAAAUUAUGUGGAUAUAUUGAAGCAACAUCUCAAGACAUCAGUCGGGAAGUUAAAGCUUGGUCGCAAAUGGGUCUUCCAAAUGGACAAUGACCCCAAGCAUACUUCCAAAGUUGUGGCAAAAUGGCUUAAGGACAACAAAGUCAAGGUAUUGGAGUGGCCAUCACAUAGACCUGACCUCAAUCCUAUAGAAAAUGUGUAGGCAGAACUGAAAAAGCAUGUGCGAGCAAGGAGGCCUACAAACCUGACUCAGUUACACCAGCUCUGUCAGGAGGAAUGGGCCAAAAUUCCCCAACUUAUUGUGGGAAGCUUGUCGAAGGCUACCCGAAACGUUUGACCCAAGUUAAACAAUUUAAAGGCAAUGCUACCAAAUACUAAUUGAGUGUAUGUAAACUUCUGACCCACUGGGAAUGUGAUGAAAUUAAUAAAAGCUGAAAUAAAUCAUUCUCUCUACUAUUAUUCUGACAUUUCACAUUCUUAAAAUAAAGUGGUGAUCCUACAGUAGGGAGAACAAGUAUUUGAUACACUGCCGAUUUUGCAGGUUUUCCUACUUACAAAGCAUGUAGAGGUCUGUAAUUUUUAUCAUAGGUACACUUCAACUGUGAGAGGCGGAAUCUAAAACAAAAAUCCAGAAAAUCACAUUGUAUGAUUUUUAAGUAAUUAAUUUGCAUUUUAUUGCAUGACAUAAGUAUUUGAUCACCUACCAACCAGUAAGAAUUCCGGCUUAAAUUAAUUACUUAAAAAUCAUACAAUGUGAUUUUCUGGAUUUUUGUUUUAGAUUCCGUCUCUCACAGUUGAAGUGUACCUAUGAUAAAAAUUACAGACCUCUACAUGCUUUGUAAGUAGGAAAACCUGCAAAAUCGGCAGUGUAUCAAAUACUUGUUCUCCCCACUGUAACUGACCUAAGACAGGGAAUUUUUACUAGGAUUAAAUUUCAGGAAUUGUGAAAAACUGAGUUUAAAUGUAUUUGUCUAAGGUGUAUGUAAACUUCUGACUUCAACUGUAGGUCCCUCUCCUCACAAGGAACAAAUUCUCCUCAUGGACGGAUAAGGCCCGCCAUGAUGGAUUCACUGCCAUUUAGAAUUUGUGAAAAACACUUCAAAUGCUACUUCUGGCACUGAAUGACCGAUCUGCACGAAACUUGAUAUGUGGCAUCUAUGGACAAAGGUCUCUCAACACAAUAUUUUCCAGACUAGUACCUCAAACAACAAGGCCGCUAUUGACCAAUAAACAUUCACGUGGGCAUGACCUGGCACAUAAAUGCAUAUAAAUCAGUCAAGAAUAUUCGUAUUGUAACAACAUUUAAUAUAGCAACACUCAAAUAUAAAUAACAUACAUUUUUCUAAACUAAUCCAAUCUGUUACUUGGACUUAUUGCACCCUUACUGAAAUGGUUGUUCCAGUUGAGAUGAUUUAGGUAGUCUCAUAUCUUAAUCUUCCUAACCUGGCAGUCAUUCUGAAUGCAGGUUGCAGAUGAAUAAAAAUGCUAAAUGUUGGAUAUCCCCCCUCUGACUUGAUUCCAAUAGGAAUUACACAUCACUUUGCAAACCAGCAUAAUGUGACUUGUAGGCCUGAUGUGGCCUGUAAACCAUGAGUUUUAGGCCACUGUAUUAGGGUAAAACUGGGCCCUCAAAAUAAGUAAUAUGCAAAAAAGGCUUUACACUAAGCACUGUGUUAAUUUAACACUGAAAAGUGUGAACCCUAAUAGACACCGGACCAGUGUUAAAUUGAACACUCUCAGUGUUGAUUUAACACUGGAGAAUUUGCUGUGUGACAUACAGACAACAGACAGUACUGUCUGUAGUGACAGAUGAUAACAAACACAUAACUGACUGGCAGUGUGAGUUUCAUUGUGUUUGACAGUUGAUUGACAGGCAAUAAUCCUCUCUUCCCCAUAGUGACAUUCUGAAUGGCUCAGCAGUGUGUGUGUACCGCAUGCAGGACGUGGUCCGGGCAUACAAAGGAAACUUCUACCACAAGGAGGGACCACAAUACAAGUGGGCCGAGUACACAGGAAAGAUCCCCUACCCAAGACCUGGCACAGUAAGUUCUCUUCUAAUGAGCUGUCAUUCCCUGUCCAGCAUUACUCACCAUAUUCUGAUUCAUCAUGUAAUACUAAAUGUACUGAGGACGAAGCUCUCUGACAAUAAAAGGAAUACAAGCACUGUCUUUGACCCAACUCUAGCUCAACAACAACUCUAGUCCAAUGGGCCAACUAUUUUCUUCUCAACCUUAACUUAAACCCAACUCUAACCAUUUUAUGUCCAACUCCAUCCAUGUCUUUGAAUGCUUGAUGCCAAUACAGCUCUCUUUAUCUCCCUCCAGUGUCCCAGCAGCACAUACGGUAGCUACAGCUCCACCCGGGAGUAUCCCGAUGACGUCAUCUUCUUCAGCCGUACCCACCCUCUGCUGCAGGAGGCGGUGCUGCCACUGGGAGGGCGCCCCCUGUUGGUCAGGGUGGGAGUGCACUACAAGUUCAGCCGACUCCUGGUGGACCGAGUAGAGGCAGUGGACGGACAGUAUGACGUCCUGUUCAUUGGCACAGGUGUGUGUGUGCGGGAAGAGGUUUUGUGAAUGUGUGUGUGCGUGUUGUGCUUGCGUGUGUGUGUUUGAGUACAGUACAAGCAGGAGUGUCCUCUGUGUUGCAGACUCAGGUCAGGUGCUGAAGUCGAUCCACCUCCCUAAAGAACACGGUGUCACCCAGGAGGUCACCCUGGAACAGCUGCAGGUCUUCCAGGUACAACGAUGUAUCCUUACAUAGAAAUCUGUAGGUUAUUUUCUUCCUUUUUUUGACAGAUCUGUAAUUUCUUCUGUCCUCAGGUUUACCCUAACAUAUUUUCCCCUCUCUCCACACAGCACAAGUCACCUGUGACUACCAUGACACUGUCCAAGAAAAAAGUAAGUAUGGCACAAAUAUACACAAACAACUGCCCCCCCCAACACACUCAUCUCUCUCUCAAGGAGAGCUUCAUCACCAGUUGCUAUGGUAACCACCGAGCGAUGAGGCCUGGCUUACACUGAGAUAGGGAAUCUACAUACACACCAGUAAACACGUUCCGUAGCAGUCAGUCUCAGUCUUAUAUGAAUGUUGAAAGUGUGAAUCAGCGAAGGCAUGAAUUCCUGAAACAACUGAUGGUUGUGGCUGCUGCUCUCUGAGCCACGCUGGAAUGAUCUGAAUGUCUUUCUUCUCUGUUUUCUUUGUGUGUGUGUGUGGCUACAGCAGUGGCUGUUUGUGGGUUCUGCGGAGGGUGUGGCCCAGUUGGCUCUGUUCCAGUGUGAGCUGUACGGCCAGGCCUGCGCUGAGUGCUGCCUGGCCAGAGAUCCCUACUGCACCUGGGAUGGACACGCCUGCAGCCCCUUCAUGCCCAUCGCACGCAGGUGGGCCCGCUCAGCUCACACUCAACCCAAUUAUGAUCCAACACCUACAUUGAAUACCUAGCACUUCACACAGUUAUAUUACUAAACAUGAAGUUAUAAACUAAACAUGAAGUUUAAAUGGAGUGGAAAUGAAAGUUAUUCUACUUUUAAGUCUAUGACAGCUCAUGUUCAUAUACCCAGUACCCACUCAUCCAACACAUGUACAUGUAGCUAUAAGCCUGCCCUACUCAUAUUUACAUAGGCAUAUGAACAUGAAUACUCACAUUUAGUACAUACUCUUAUCUAACAUGAUGUCUUUUUUGGUUUCCUCUCACUGAAGGAGGAAUGCUCGUCAGGUUGGUGAUGAGGAGGAUCCUCUGACCCAGUGUGUCAUACAAGGAGGUGAGGAGGAACUGUCAAGAGCCGCACUCUCACAGACAUACACUAGCUUAGGUGUCUAUAUACACUGAGUAUACCAAACAUUAGCAACACCUUCCUAAUAUUGAGCAUCCACAGGGAUGCUGGCCCAUGUUGACUCCAAUGUUUCCCACAGCUGUGUCAAGUUGGCUGGAUGUCAUUUGGGUGGUGGACUAUUCUUGAUACACACGGGAACUGUUGAGCGUGAAAAACCCAGCAACGUUGCAGUUCUUGACACAAACCGGUGCGCCUGGCACCUACUACCAUACCCCGUUCAAAGGCACUUAUUUUGUCUUAUCCCAUUCACCCUCUGAAUGGCACACAUACACAAUCCAUGUCUCAAUUGUCUCAAGGCUUGAAAAUUCUUCUUUAACCUGUCUUCUCCCCUUCAUCUACACUGAUUGAAGUGGAUUUAACAAGUGACAUCAAUAAGGGAUCAUAGCUUUCACCUGAUCAGUCUAUAUCAUGGAAAUAGCAUGUUUUGUAUACUCAGUGUAGAGUAGACAUUGUGACAUUUUUCUCUGUCUCUAUUCAGCCGGUCUGCAAGUGGAAGCAGAACAGAGGAUGAUGAUGGUUGCCGAGGGUAACAGCACAUACCUGGAGUGCCUGCCCAAAUCCAGACAUGCAGCCGUCACUUGGUACAAACAGGCAGGAGAGAACAGCCCUGAGCUGAAUCAGGUGCAUACUGACACACAGGCAGUUACACGCAUGCACACACACAUAUGCACACACACACAUGCACAGACACACACAGGUCUAAACACUCACACUCGUCUCUGUGUUGCAGUUGCAGUCAGGAGAGCAGCUGGUGGUGACAGAGAGAGGUGUUCUGAUCAGUCGGGCCGAGACGGGUCACUCUGGUGUGUACCACUGUCAACUGGAGGAGCACGGCUUCCGCUGGACCGCCGUCACUGUGCGUCUGAGUGUGUGGAGCCCCUCCCGCGCCCUCUCCUGGUCCACCAGCAAUCCCAACCCCAAUUCCAGCCCAGAUGCCUCCCAACCCUGGUACCAGGACGUCAUGGCCCUCAUCCACCCCAGCAGCCUGGAGCAGCACUGUCAGAGGCUGGGCUUCCGACGCCGCCGCAACCGCGAGCAGGAUAAGACCAAGGACAGUGACCACAAGACAAGGGACGGCCCCAAGGGCGAGAGGCACAAACAUGGAGGCCGAGGAGGAGGAGGAGGAGGUGGGAGGAAGAGUAGGAGCAAACCCAAGCAGAGGUCUCCACGAAGCUCUUAG